UUAUGCAUUUAUUUUUUCUAGGCUUCUCUAUCCUUGCGGUCUUUUCCUCUUCGUCUCCGUCGUUUCUUUAAUCCUUCCCUGUUCUAUUCGGCCUAUUCUGCGCGAUCCAAACGCAUCGCCAGUUCACUCCAAGUCGCAGGCAUUCCCUUUACGGAGUGGUCUGGGCCCUUUUUUCGUAAUCGAUACCCUUACCGUCGCCGCCGAAUCGACUUUCCUUCAGCCGCAUCCGCAACUUCGACGUUCCUGCGCGAGGCUCCCUCGUGAAUUCCUGGAUCCACAAUUGAAAUUGUUGCGCAAUCAAGUCAAAGAACCUUCAAUGGCCCAUAAGUCAAGGACAAUACCCAGCAAAUUAACUGUGUAUCUUUAUAUCCCCAAUAUCAUUGGAUACCUGAGAGUUCUCUUGAACUGCAUUGCAUUUGCCUUAUGCUUUUCCAACAAGUGGCUUUUCUCGGUUCUCUAUUUUGUAAGCUUCGUAUGUGAUGGUGUUGAUGGUUGGUGUGCUCGCAAAUUUAAUCAAGUUUCAACCUUUGGAGCUGUUCUGGACAUGGUAACAGAUAGGAUUAGUACGGCCUGUCUGCUAGUAAUCCUCUCCCAAGUAUACAGGCCUGGUUUGGUUUUCCUUUCAUUGCUUGCCUUGGAUAUCGCCAGCCACUGGUUUCAGAUGUACAGUACUUUCUUGGUAGGCAAGGUCAGUCAUAAAGACGUGAAGGACAGCUCCAAUUGGCUUUUCAAGGCUUAUUAUGGAAACCGGAUGUUUAUGGCUUACUGUUGUGUCUCGUGUGAGGUUCUUUAUAUAAUCCUAUUUCUUCUUGCUGAGAACCGAACAGAAAAUUUGAUAGAUGUUUUGACGAGUUCUGCCAAAAAGAGUUUGCUACUCUCCCUUCUUCUUGGUUUGAGUUUAUUUGGAUGGGCAGUCAAACAAGCUGUUAAUAUGAUACAGAUGAAGACAGCUGCAGAUGCUUGUGUUCUUUACGACAUCAACAAAAAGCAGAAAUCCUAAUGGGGUUUUCUUGUCCGUUGCAGACAAAAUCACUUUCAAUUGAUCUGUAAAGAAAGAUAUUUUGUAGAUGAUAAAUUUUGUUUCUUUUUUGUUUUUUCCACACUCUGAUGUUUUAUGUUAGAAACUCGAAUAGCUUUUGAUAAUGAUAAUAUUUGAUGGGCACUGCAAUGUAAGUGCUUUGAAUUUGAUGAAUCCACAUUUGUUUUCCUUAAUAGUAAACAUCAGGCUUGUUCAAACUCUA